AUGCCAUCUCACAUCCUGCUUCAGAACGCAACCAUCCUAGUCCCAUCUCGUGAACCGAAUGACUAUGUGGUGCCCCUACGGAGCCAUUCAUUAUUGAUUACGGACAACAAGAUCUCGCAAAUUGAACGAGAUAUCAUUUCUCCAGCUGGUACGGAAAUCAUUGAUUGCACUGGCAAAAUUGUCUCUCCUGGCUUCAUCGAUACGCAUCACCAUCUAUGGCAGACACAAUUGAAAGGGCGCCACGCCAACCAGACCCUGUUGGAAUAUAUGCUAAGCGGACUCUUGCAACAUGCCAAUUAUGCACCCGAGGACGUGUUUUGGGGUGAGCUUGGAGGCUGCCUCGAAGCGUUGGACGCAGGUACCACGACAGUUGUAGAUCAUGCCAACAUGAAUGUAUCGCCGGCUCAUACUUCAAAUGCAAUCGAGGCGACGGCGUCAUCCGGGAUCAGAUCCGUUUUCUGCUACGCACCAACUAUGCGUGUCAAGUCCUUCAAACCUGAUCUUACCGUUGACGGUGGUCUAUUAGAUGACUGGGUAAUCGAUCAUCUGAAGUACCUGGGUGCUACUGCUCCUUUUGGGGACGAGCGGAUCCAGCUGGGGUUGGCUUUUGAUGGAUUCAUGCUACCGAAAGAUCAAGUUAUCGCUCUUUAUGCAGAAGCACGAAAGCUCGGAGUAAAGGUUAUCACAUCUCAUUAUGUAAAGGGAUAUUUUAGCAACAACUCGCUUGUCGAUGCCCUUGAAUCAUAUAAUCUCCUGGGGCCAGAUAUCCUUUUUUCACAUGCCACCAAUCUUACAGAAACCGACGUCUCAAAGCUCGCCCAAGCGAAUGCGUGGAUCUCCACGACACCUGAUACUGAGUUGCAAAUGGGUCACGGCAAUAUUGUUUGUUUCCGCGAGGGCUGCACUAACAUGUGCGCUUUGGGAAUUGAUUGCCACAGUAACAACUCCGGCGAUAUGGUCUCACAGAUGCGGCUUGCUCUGCAACAUGAGCGAUCUAAUCGCAAUGAGAAAGUCAUCGCCCAGGGCAAAAGAACCAUGUCACUGAACCUUUUCGUUCAAGAUGUUUUCCGUCUUGGCACUAUGCAAGGAGCACGAGCCAUCCAUAUGGAAGACAAGCUGGGAUCGAUUGAAGUUGGGAAAUUCGCAGAUCUUGUUGUCUUUGAUGGCAAUAGCCCUGGAAUGGUCUGCGCAUCCCAAGAAGACCCAAUCGCAGCUAUCGUUCUUCACUCCUCGGUUCGUGAUAUUGAUACUGUGAUUGUGGAUGGUCAGAUCAGGAAGCGCGAUGGGAAGCUGCUCUCUGUUAAAAUCGAUCCAUCCAUGCCCGACGUGACCAUUCCAAAGCAAAAUGUGGAGUGGAACCAGGUUGCCAAGCAACUUAUUUGGAGCAAAGGACGGAUUCAAGAUGCUAUGGUAAAGGCAGGUGCUAAUGAGCCUGAAAGUCUGAUCAAAGCUUUUACAAAGAUUUUGUACCUUGAUGAGAGCAAGUUUGUUAAGUUGUAA